UCCGCCGCCGCUGACACCACGAAGAACUAUUUCGAUAGCAGUUUAUUAGGAUGAUUCCACUCUGCAGAGACACCCUGUCAUGGUGAAGAAGAAACAUCACAUCACAAACACAUACAAUGAUUGUUUACUCCUCUAUGUUCUCCUGUAGCCUCAUGACAGCUGAGAAGUUCAACGUAAAAGAAAGUUUGAGUUAGGGUAAAACACGGGGGCUCACUGAGGAGGCAUUUACGGUCGUGGACAGAAGGGCUUCGUCCACCAUCAGUCCCAUUCCGUAUCGCUGCAGGCAAGUUAUCUAUCCUGGAUCUACAUACAGGUGGUUUAGGUUAGGUAAAGGAUAUUUCCUCCAAUUGAAAGCAGUGUGCGAUUGCAGCGGCUGCAUGAGCACACUUCACCUGUAGGCGACAUUAUAUUAAAGAAUCGAACUUUCUGCUGGUGGUAAAACGCCUGAUUGACACCUGAUAGGCUACAUUGAGCCAUCCAAACACGCUGGGUUUAAACACGAGAUUAUGACAAGCUAGUGAACAUGGCUCGGAGUUGAAUAUAAAAUAUCUAUGCAAACAGAAACACGCUUGAAGCCACGCUGGCGAGAAAUUACGCGCAGGUGCGCACUGCCAGUCAGCCAGCCAGCCCCGAAACAGAACCGCUUCAGACUCUGAACAAGUUAUAGCCUUAGUUUCAUAAGGUAAGAAAACGAGUCUUGCAAUUCUGGUAGCCUUAUUACUGUUCUAGUAGAAGCAAAAGUUCUAAGUGAUAGACUGCUUGAAGGCGGAUCGUUUAUUUUCGAUCAAAAUAAAAAUGGAUCCGUAGCUGCAGCCGGACACUAGCCCAGUUUGCGCCCUUGUCUGGAUGAACAUAUGACAAUAUUCUGUUAAACCAUGUCGGAGAAAAUCAAUCCCGCUGAGCCUGACACACCAAAGAGUGAGGAAUGUCCUGCGGACGGUUUAUUUGGCUUCGGAGAUGACCUGGAGAUAAAUCUGUUCGACGGAUUGCCCUUUUCCUCCCGUUACUACAAAUUACUGAAAAAGAGGAAGACUCCUGUAUGGAAGGUCAGGCACGAGUUCGAAGAUGCUCUGGUUAAGAACCAGCUGGUUGUUCUGUCUGGGAUGGCAAAGACUGGGCGGAGUACACAGAUCCCUCAGUGGUGUGCAGAGAUCUGUCUGUCUGCUCAGUACCAGAGCGGCAGAGUUGUGUGCACGCAAACCAGCAGACAGCAGGCUGUAGAUCUGGCUCUGUGUGUCGCUGAUGAAAUGGACGUCAACAUCGGCCAUGAAGUGGGUUACACCAUCCCUCACGAGACCUGCUGCUCCUCCGACACUAUUCUGAGGUACUGCACCGACGAUAUGCUUCUUAGAGAGAUGAUGUCGGACCCUUUUCUGGAGCACUACGGAGUUAUCAUCAUUGACCAGGCCCAUGAGAGAACUGUAUGCACGGACAUACUGCUGGGUCUUCUCAAGGACAUCCUUCUGCAGAGGCCUGAGCUCAGAGUGGUGGUCCUUGCCAUCCCACCAAUGACUGACAAGCUCCUGAGCCGCUAUGGCAGCGCCCCACUCAUCAGUGUACAGGCCUCGACACCUGCUGGGGUGGUCCACAGCAACAGUGGCAACAAAGACUACUUCUUUUCUGCAUUGAGACUAGUGCUCGAAAUACACCGAACCAAGGAGGAAGGAGAUGUUGUCGUGUUUUUAGCCUCUAAUGAGGAAGUUCAUUCUGCCUACACCAUCCUCCAGCGAGAGUGCACCAGACUUGGAGCAGAACUGGGCCGGAUGGUCCCUGUGGUCCUGUGCCCCGUCCAGGGACGAUUAGUACCUGUGCAGACCGAGCAACAAGGCGCCACAGGUUGCAGGAGGGUUUUCCUCUCUACCCAACAGGGGGAGGACAUGUGGUGGCCUACAGAGUCCGUCAACUUUGUCAUCAACACAGGAGUCCAGAAGAAGCUGGUGUACCAUCCAAGAAUAAGAGCCAACUCAGAGGUACUGAGACCCAUCAGUCAGUGUCAGGCAGAUGUACGUAAGCAGCUCUCUGGACCAACAGGUAAAUGCUUCUGCCUGUAUCCAGAAGACAGCAAGCUUUCUGCAGAGAAUUCCCCACAGAUCCUUGAGUCCAACAUCACACCAACUGUCCUUUUUCUAAAACGGAUGGAGAUAGCUGGCCUUGGGCAGUGUGACUUCAUCGACAGGCCCGAUCCUGAGGGUCUCAUGCAGGCGUUGGAAGAGCUGGACUACCUCGCAGCUUUGGAUGAUGAUGGCAACCUAUCUGAAAUUGGCAUCAUAAUGUCUGAAAUCCCUCUGGACCCCCAGAUGGCCAAAGCUCUGCUAGUCUGCGAGUACGACUGCGUGAGCGAGAUGUUGACAAUAGCAGCUAUGCUCUCAGCACCUAGCUGUUUCCUGGAGCCGCCUGCUGGCAUGACCCAUGAGGCAGUCCAGUGCCACAGAAAGUUCCAGCACCCAGAGGGAGAUCAUUUCACCCUCAUAAAUAUAUAUAACGCCUUCAAGCAAUGCCAGAGAGAACAAUACCUCAGUGCCAAAAAGUGGUGCCUGGGCUACUUCCUGGAUCAUUCUGCCCUGAAGACAGCCGAGUCCAUCAGAUCUGAGCUGACUGACACUCUGAACAGGAUCGAGCUUCCCAUCUCCGAGCCGUCCUUUGGCACCAAAACCAACACCCACAACAUCAAGAGAGCUCUGCUGGCUGGCUUCUUCAUGCAGAUUGCUCGAGAUGUGGAUGGAUCAGGGAACUACUUCAUUUUGACACACAAGCACAUGGCCCAGGUGCACCCUCUCUCCAGCUACGGGGCUCAAGCCCACAAGCUGGGGCUGCCAGAAUGGGUUGUUUUCCACGAGUACACCCUGUCAGAGAACAACUGCAUGAGAACAGUCUCUGAAAUUUCCCCUCAAGUGUUCCUUCGAAUUGCACCAGUCUACUUCUUCUACAAUCUGCCCCCUAGUGAAAGCAAAGACAUACUGCAGGACAUGCUGGAACCAGAUGGAGCCAGCAAACAGAAUGAUGAGACACAAAAAGCCACCGCAGUCGACAGUGAUGCCAACGGUGGCUGUGCAGUGGUGACGCCAACGUACGACAGAUGUGUGAUUCAAUGAUCUGAAUUUAUAAAUGUGAACAUCUGGCCUGUAAUUGCAUCUCCUAAUGCUUCUAAAUGUGUAAAAGUCAAACCCAGGGUGUGAAAUAUGAAUACAUUACAUGGCUUAAAAUGUUGUAUGAUGGUCACAUGUACAGGAAUAAAGACAGUUGACUGGA